GGGGCCGGGCGGCCGCGCAGGGCUGCGGGAGCGGCGGGGCGUGAGGCGGAGCGGGGCCGGGCUGGGCUGGGGGAAGGCGGCUCCGCACACGCAAGAUGGCGGCGGUGGAGCUGGAGUGGGUGCCCGAGACGCUGUACAACACGGCCAUCUCGGCCGUGGUGGACAGCUACGGGCGGGCCCGGCGCCGAGACAUCCGCUCGCUGCCCGAGAACAUCCAGUUCGACGUGUACUACAAGCUUUACCAACAGGGCCGAUUAUGCCAGCUGGGUAGUGAAUUUUGUGAACUAGAAGUUUUUGCGAAGGUGCUACGAGCUUUAGAUAAAAGACAUCUGCUUCAUCACUGUUUUCAAGCUCUGAUGGACCACGGAGUAAAAGUUGCUUCUGUACUGGCCUAUUCUUUCAGUAGACGGUGCUCCUACAUAGCAGAAUCAGAUUCUGCUGUAAAAGAAAAAGCAAUCCAGAUUGGUUUUGUUUUAGGGGGAUUCCUAUCAGAUGCAGGCUGGUAUAGUGACGCUGAGAAGGUAUUUCUUUCCUGCCUUCAGCUGUGCACCCUUCAUGAUGAAAUACUUCAUUGGUUUCGUGCAGUAGAAUGCUGUGUAAGGUUGCUGCAUGUUCGAAAUGGUAACUGUAAAUAUCACUUGGGAGAAGAAACGUUCAAACUAGCUCAGUCUUACAUGGACAAACUUGCAAAACAUGGUCAGCAAGCAAACAAAGCAGCACUCUAUGGGGAGUUGUGUGCACUGCUUUUUGCCAAGAGCCACUAUGAUGAGGCUUAUAAAUGGUGUAUAGAAGCUAUGAAGGAGAUCACAGUUGGCCUGCCUGUAAAAGUAGUAGUGGAUGUUUUGCGACAAGCUUCAAAGGCUUGUGUUGUAAAACGUGAAUUUAAGAAGGCUGAACAGCUGAUAAAACAUGCAGUAUACCUUGCUCGGGAGCAUUUUGGAGCCAAGCACCCCAAAUAUUCUGAUACGCUACUAGACUAUGGAUUUUACUUGCUCAACGUAGAUAAUAUAUGCCAAUCUGUUGCGAUCUAUCAGACAGCUCUUGAUAUUCGGCAGUCAGUAUUUGGAGGUAAAAACAUACAUGUAGCUACAGCUCAUGAAGACUUGGCUUACUCUUCUUAUGUUCACCAGUACAGCUCUGGAAAAUUUGACAAUGCACUAUUCCAUGCUGAACGUGCUAUUGGCAUUAUAACUCACAUUCUCCCAGAAGACCAUCUUCUCUUGGCAUCUUCAAAGAGAGUUAAAGCACUUAUCCUGGAGGAGAUUGCAAUAGACUGUCAUAACAAGGAAACUGAGCAGAGGUUACUUCAAGAAGCUCAUGACUUGCAUCUGUCCUCGCUUCAGUUAGCUAAAAAAGCUUUUGGGGAGUUUAAUGUACAGACAGCAAAACACUAUGGCAACCUUGGAAGACUGUAUCAGUCCAUGAGAAAGUUUAAGGAAGCAGAGGAAAUGCACAUCAAGGCAAUUCAGAUUAAGGAGCAGCUUCUGGGUCAGGAAGAUUAUGAAGUUGCCCUGUCAGUAGGACAUCUAGCUUCUCUCUAUAACUAUGAUAUGAAUCAAUAUGAAAAUGCUGAAAAGCUUUAUUUGAGAUCCAUAGCAAUUGGAAAGAAGCUUUUUGGUGAAGGAUACAGUGGACUUGAAUACGAUUACAGAGGUCUCAUUAAACUGUACAAUUCCAUUGGCAAUUAUGAGAAAGUUUUUGAGUACCACAAUAUUUUGGCCAAUUGGAACCGGUUGCGAGAUCGGCAGUUCUCUGUUACAGAUGCUCUGGAGGACGUAAGCACCAGCCCUCAAUCCACUGAAGAAGUGGUCCAGUCUUUUCUGAUGUCUCAGAACAUUGAUGGACAGAGUAGCUAAGAACUUGGUCAAUUAACCAGUUAAGGUUUUUUCCCCAGAUUACAGGGGAAAAGUCAUACUGUGAAAUCUAAACCAUGUAGUUCUCUGGGGGCUGGAAUUUGCAUUGAAACACUGGUCCAGUCUACUGAAGAGUGCCCAUACGGAUGAAUGUGUGUUAAAUUCUUAUCAGCAUGUGUAUGGCAUGUUUAGUUCGGCUCACAUUUUUAACUGGGUAUUCCAGAAAGCCCCUACUUUCUCUCUUCUUUCGAAAGAACCUACUUUACAGAAAGUCUGCAAGAGAACAUUAAAUAAAACUGUUUGAGUUCAAAAGAGUUGCAUUCUUGUUAUGAAUGGAAGGUUUCAUCAAGAGCUUUCUUCUGAUAUACAGAAAGAAUAAAUGCUAUGCUAUAAGAAA